CUGGGGUUGGGAGGAGAGGAUGAGCAAGUGGGAAGCUGCUGGGCUGGCUGGCCCCUGGCCGGCCUCCUCAGAGAGGAGCCAGGAGUCAUGUGGGUGGCAGUGGGCAUGCUCUGGAUCCUGGCCCUUGGGGGGUCCCACCAGGCCCGGGGCUCUUGUCCCUCUCAGUGCACCUGCGGCCUCCACAUCCUGGGUGAUGGCAGCAAGGCCAGGGCCGUGGUGUGCAGUGAUCCCGACAUGACCCUGCCCCCAGCGUCUAUUCCUCCGGACACCUGCAGACUGCGCGUGGAGAGGACCGCCAUACGCAGAGUUCCUGGAGAGGCCUUCAGGGCAUUGGGCCGCCUGGAGCAGCUGUGGUUGCCCUACAACGCCCUCGCAGAGCUCAGUGUCCUCAUGCUGCGGGGACUGCGACGCCUGCGCGAACUGCGGCUGCCAGGGAACCGCCUGGCCGCCUUCCCCUGGGCCGCACUCAGGGACGCCCCCCAGCUGCGGCUGCUGGACUUGCAGGCCAACCGCCUCUCGGUCUUGCCGCCCGAGGCCGCCCGCUUCCUGGGAAAUCUGACCUUCCUGGACCUCUCUAGCAAUCAGCUGAUGAGGCUCCCGCAGGAGCUGCUGCUCACCUGGGCUCAACUGAAGUCUGGGCCCUUUCUUCCUGGUCACCACGCCAGGCUUGUCCUAGGGCUGCAGGACAACCCUUGGGUUUGUGACUGCCAACUCUAUGACCUGGUCCAUCUCCUGGAUGGUUGGAUCCCAAACUUGGUCUUCAUCGAGGCCAAACUGAGGUGUGACACCCCACGUAAUCUGGCUGGAGUGGCCUUUAGCCAGCUGGAGUUGAGGAAGUGCAAGGGCCCAGAGCUCCGUCCAGGGGUGACCAGCAUCAAGUCCCCUUUGGGAAGUGCAGUAUUGCUGCGUUGUGGAGCCACUGGGGUCCCUGGACCUGAGAUGAGCUGGAGGAGAGCCAACGGGCACCCACCCAAUGGCACAGUGCACCAGGAAGUCUCCAGUGAUGGUGUAAGCUGGACUCUGUUGGACUUGCCUGCAGUGUCUAACCUGGACUCUGGAGAUUACAUCUGCCAGGCCAAGAACUUCCUGGGAGCCUCAGAGACUCUUAUCUCCCUUAUUGUCACAGAGCCUCCGACAUCCACAGAACACACUGGGAUCCCAGGGGCACUGUGGGCAAGGACAGGGGAAGGGGCGGAAGCUGCUGCUUACAACAACAAGCUGGUGACCCGGCAUGUCUCGCAUAUUCCUGAGCCUGCUGUCCUGGCCAUUGGGACCUCUAUGCCCAGCCUGAAGGAGAAAUUGGCCCUCCAGCACUUCCAGAUGGGUGCCUCAGGAGAGCUCUGGGAAGGGCAGGUUGAACCCCAGGAGGCACGGAUGGUGAAGUCUCUCAAAGUGGUGGGGGACAGUUACCACAGAGUGUCCUUGGUAUGGAAGGCCCCCCAGGCUGGGAACACCACUUCCUUCAGUGUCCUUUACACCGUCUUUGGGCAGCAUGAUAUGCAUAGAUUGAUCGUGCCCCCGGGGAAGACCAGUGUCACCAUUGACGGACUGGCACCCAAGACCAAGUACGUGGCAUGUGUCUGUGUGCGGGGCCUGGUGCCCCGGAAGGAGCAAUGCCUCAUCUUCUCCACCGACCAGAUGGUGGACGCUGAGGGCACCCAGCGGCUCAUCAACGUGGUGGUGAUCAGCGUGGCUGCCAUCAUCGCCCUGCCACCCACGCUGCUCGUCUGCUGUGGUGCUCUUCGUAGGCGCUGCCGCAAGUGCCGCACCCGGGGCACCACCGAGGCCACGGGAGCCUAUGUCAACCUGGAGAGGCUGGGCCACAGCGACGAUGGCUCCGAAGAGCUCUCUCGGCACAGCCUUAGUGAGGCCGACAGGCUCCUUUCCGGCCGGUCCAGCCUAGACUCUCAGGCUUUGGGGACCAGCGGGGGCAGAAGGAUGAAUGAGUACUUCUGCUGAGGGCAGCUCCCCCUCUCACACCUGCCUAUCUGCUUUCCCUUUUCAACUCUUACACACUCACUCUGAAGCCUGACUGCAUGCCCAGUCACUCUUACAGCUCGGGUACCUGCUCACUCAUAUAGUUAUGUCAACAACAGCCAUGGCAGUUAAUUCUUAUUAAGCAUUUACUGUGUGCCAGGAAGUGUUCUAAAUACUCUGUAAGAAUUAACUCACUUAAAUGUUCUAACAACCGUUUAUAGCAGGUGCCACCCUCCUCUCCAUUUUCCUGGAGAAGAAUUAGGGAAGUUAAGUAUUUUGUCUGUAUCCACCAGUUUGGGGUAUAUAACAAAUAAAACAAAAACUCAGUGGUGUAUGGUAAAAAAACACUCAUUUUUACAUUCAUGGUCUGUAUAUUGAUGGGCAUUCUGCUCUGUGUCCCUGAUAUGGGGCCUGGACUGGAGAGUAAUAGUGGCUACCUGGGACAGGCUAUUCCCUUGGUAAGGUCAGAUGACAUCAGAGGAAUGAGCAAAGUCAUGUGAUACCUCUUAAGUUCUUAGUUCAGGAUUGGCAUACUGCCACUUAUGCCCAUAUUCUAUCUGCCAAAGAAGUCUCAUGGCCAAACCCAACUUUAACAGGGUAAGUAAGGACACUUCUCCCACAGAGGUGAUAGUGGACCAGGAAAUAUUUGCUGAACAUCGAUUUAAUUUUCUAUAUUGCCCACGAUUACACAACCAGGCUGUGGAAGCUAUGGAAUUGGACACAGCAUUUGGUCUCCACUGGCAACAAUCCCUACCAAUCUUCUAUUCCACAUUUUGGUUACAUUUAUGGUAACUCAUAGGGACUCACACAUACAGUCACCUGUAUGGCUAAUGUACAGA